AUGGCCGUGCCCAACGGAGCCGGGCCCCGACGGGUGCUUGACUUCGACACGUCCAUGAUGAUCAAGUCCAGCAUGGCACGGGCUCUUUCUCCUUCCGACACCGGUUCACGAUCUUCGUUCUCCUCGGUCCGCGAGAACGACGAUGGCCUCGCCCAGACCUUCACCCGCUCCAAGGUCUCCUCCUACAUCGACGCCCCCGAGGACGUCUUUGACGAGUCGCCCACCAGCGAGAUCGCCCAGCCCAUCUUCCAGCCGCCCCUGACCCAGCCGCAGAGCAAACUCCAUGGCUUCUGGUACCCCUCGGACAGCUUCAAGGGCUGGAAGCAGAUCCCCAUCAAGGGCAAGACGGCGAGCCGCAGCUCCGAGGACCUGAGGAAGCUGUGCAUGACCUGGGACAAUGUCCCCGAGGUGACCCCCACGAAGCAGGCCGACAGCGAGCUGCCAGGCGAGUCCGCUCUCGAGCGGCUUCCCAGCGAAGUUUUGACCGUCAUCAUCGACUACUUGGUCGUGGAGAUCCCCCCGAAUGGCCUCACCACGCGCAACACCGAUCUCAUGUCUCUUCUCUUGACCUCGCGCGCCAUGCAUGCCGCCACUCUCACCACGCUCUACCGGCACAUCACCAUCCCGCACUCGCGCAUCUUCCGCAAGUUCCUCGCCACCAUCAACAAGUACCCCGCGCUCGCCACCAUUGUGAGGCGCAUGGACUUUAGCCACUUCAACCCGUCCUUCAUGUUCUCCACGGCCAGCGAGCGUGCCAAGGCCCGCAACCUCACCGCCGAGACGCUGGUUCAGUGCCUGGAGCUCAUGCCCUUCCUCCAGGAAUUCCUCGCUCAGGAGUACAUUGACGACGACCUUGGCCCCGACGUUCUCCGGAAGCUGCUGUUUGACAUGCCUCAGCUCCGAGCCCUGGAUAUCUGCGGCUGCUCGUCAACGGCAUUCAAGAACUCGUUCAAGGCCAUUCUUGAUGAUCCUUGGCCGGACAUGCUCCCCAUUAAGAGGCUGUCCCUGCACAAGUGCAUCAGCCUGCCACCUGCCGUGUUCGAGAAGCUUCUCCCACGCCUGGGGCACCUCACACACCUUGACGUCGCUGGGACGCACAUCACGGACGAGGCGCUGCAGAUGAUCCCCGCCACGGCCAAGCUGACGCACCUGAACCUUGCCAAGUGCAAGGACCUCUCGGCAGAGGUCGUCAUCAAGUUCAUCUCGACUCAUCCCGCUGCAUCGAAUCUGGUCUUCCUCAGCCUCGCUGCUGACGCUACCAACCAUCUUCUGCUCGGCAAGGACGACGUGGACGCGCUCUUGCCUGUGCUGCCGCCGACUCUUCAGUCUCUCAGCUUGCGCGGCAGUCGGAUGCACACCUCCCACGUACCCGAGCUGAUCCGCCUCUCUCAGACGCUGGAGGAGCUCGCAGUGGGACGCGGGCUGGACAUGAGCGACAUCCAUCGCAUUUUCAAGCAGGAUGACGCAUUCCUCGAGCACAACCUCCGAUAUCUGGACAUUUCCGAAAUCGACACCAUUAUUGGAAGCGCUAGCACCCUUCUCGCGCCGGCGUGCGCCCCGCUCGGCGUCAUUGAGAUCGAGGAGCGCGCCUAUGAGCGCGCCGCAAAGCUCAACAAGAGCCUCGAAAAGGUAGGCUGGAUGGCCAGCGAGUUCGGAAGCCGCUACUGGCUGGUGCGAAAGCCGGCGCCCGGCACCGUCGCGGAGAACCCGCGUCGGAAGUGGAAGAUGGGCGCCGAGAGCUGGGGUAUGAGGAAGAUCCCGGUUGCCGUCGCCGAGGUCGGAGGCAUGUAUGGGUCCUUUAUGUUUGGCCGGCGGCUCUGA